UUUAUUUUCCUUAGUGAACAUGCGGGGAUCUGACGAGCUUUUCUCUACUUGUGUUACUAACGGACCCUUUAUCAUGAGCAGCAACGCCUCUUCUGCAGCUAAUGGAAACGACAGCAAAAAAUUCAAAGGGGACAGCAGAAGUGCUGGGGUCCCAUCCAGAGUGAUCCACGUCCGUAAGCUCCCCAGUGACGUCACGGAGGCUGAGGUCAUCUCUUUGGGCUUACCUUUUGGCAAGGUCACCAACCUUCUGAUGCUGAAAGGCAAAAACCAGGCUUUCAUAGAAAUGAAUACAGAGGAGGCAGCCAACACCAUGGUAAACUACUACACCACAGUCACUCCAGUCCUUCGAAGCCAACCCAUCUACAUCCAGUUCUCCAACCACAAGGAGCUUAAGACAGACAACUCACCAAACCAAGCAGUUAGUUUCUUUCUUAACAUUGUCACACAGGUGGGAGGGACAGACGGUUCCCAGCUGGUGGUUUUGCUGCUGGUGUAGGCCUGGAAGGGUUUUGAGAUGAACUAUGUCUAUGGAAGUGUUAAAAAGAGCACGUUGUGUUUCCUGAGAAUUUGAUUGAAUAGAAAUGCCUCUCAUCUAGCUUCUGAUGGGCUGUCUUUCAGCAUGGCUGCUUCUGACCACCUUUUUCCCUUUGCUUGCAACUUUUCCAUUUGCUACUUGAUUUCUACCCCAAGCUUCUAGCUUAUGGAAGAAUAUCUAUGGUAAAAGAUAUUUUUGUCCAGAGCUUCAGCCGACUGUUAAAUGAGCUGCUAAAACUUCCUUAAUGUUGGAGAGAAAAUAAGUGAGAUCACAAAAAAUUGCACUCUAGCGUUCUUUAAUUAGAAACUAACAGUGCCUCUCUAAAGACUUAGAGUGCUUCAAAAAUGCUGCUGGUGUUUAAGAAGUUUAUGUAAAAUGAAGCUCUGAUGGAGGCAAAACCUGUAAGUGCUGGAGAGGGCUGCUGGUAUGUGCUAGCUUUGAAACAGGCAGCACUGAACACAGUGGUUCUUAAUGCUUUGGGCUGUCUAGAGUUUGUGUAAAACAGGCUCAGCCUAGUAGGAAGUUCCAUUUUUGGCUUAGCUGCUCUUGGCAAUCUUUCAGGACUGGAGCAUUGGAAAGAAGUUCAGGUUACCUGCACUUCCUUAUCAGGGAUGGCUUCCUAACACGUCCAAUUUGCUUCCUCGCUUUUCAGCCUGACUUUCAUCAGCAUCAGAGCAUCUCUUACUGUGCAGAUGAAGUGCCACUGCUUGGUACAUCUAACAGAAGCCCAAUUUGAUGCACGUGUUAUGUGCAGAAAGGACACUCAACAGAACUGCCAUGUCAGUUUUCACUGCUGGACCCCGAUGGCAGUUGUGCAUUGAACUUGUUAGUUUUUGUCAGCUUCAGUAUUGUUCUGGAGGUGAUGUUGCAUUCCAAAAGAGCCUGGUUUUACCUUUUUUCUGAGCAGUGGAGUAACUUUGCAGCAUUAGUGGGUGCUGAGCAAGAAUAUAGAUAACAGCAGUGCAAGUAGCAUUUUAUUUAGUGUGUUUUGCAUUGCUGUGAUUGACUGAGGUGACCUUGUAUUUCCCAUAUCUAAAAUGUGCUGAAAUACUGCAUUCUCAGCUCCAGAAACAAUAAAUUGCUGCUUGUUGUUCUGUAGUACAUAGAUGGGGAGACUCAAA